UUGUUUUGGUAACAGUUGACGAUCACUUGUUUAUAAGGUUGGAAGCAUUGAAUUUGUCUUUCUGCUUUCUUCAGACCCUUGUUUUAGACGUGCUUUGCGGUUUAUAAAAGCGUUGUGUUUGUAUUCUGUUAAUCAAAUAUUACUAAAAAUGACUCAAGAAGGACAAGUAACACCACCACCUGUUAUGUGGGCCCAAAGGAAUAGUGUCCUUUUUGUGACGAUUUGUCUUGAGGAUUGUGCAAAUCCAACAGUCAAAGUGGAACCAGAAAAAUUAUAUUUUAAAGGUGUCGGUGGUACAGACAUGAAAGUGCAUGAAGUUACUAUUAAUUUUUAUAAAGAAAUUGAUGCAACAAAAACAAUUCAAAAAUCACAAGGUAGAAGCUUUGAAUUUGUACUUACAAAAAAAGAGGAAGGACCCUUCUGGCCACGUCUCACCAAAGAAAAUAAUAAAUUCCAUUGGUUAAAAAGUGACUUCAAUAAAUGGAAGGAUGAAGACGACUCUGAAGAUGAGGAAGCUGGUGGUGCAGCAGGAGGACGCGAUUUGGAAGAGAUGAUGCGCCAAAUGGGUGGUUUAACUGGAGCUGGUGAUAGUAAACCAAAUUUCGAUAAUUUAGACCUCGGUGAUGUUGACGAUGAAGGCGAUAGUGACGAUGAAUCAUUGCCUGAGCUGAUAAACAAUUGAUGUGCUAGCAUCCAAAAUUGAAGAUAACAGUUCAGAAACAAAUUGCAAAUCAUUUCGGUUUGAUAAAUGGCCGAAAUUCGCGUUUAAAUUUUUAAGCGAAAAUUUUAUGUUUUGCAAUGCAUUGCGUUUAUUA